ACCCGUUGUUAUAUUUUUCAACAACGGCUGUUGGUGAAUUGUGCACGAACGUGCUCAAAUUGACACCGAGACGUGGUCAACUUUCGGUACCAACAACAGCCGUGCUUAAUUUGUCCAUUUGUAAUAUUGGUAAUUGCAGCCGAUUACACACGAGUAAAAAAUGACAACGGUGGUGCAUGAUUCACACACGGUCGUUGUCAAUAUGACACCGGUCGUGUAUGAAUUAUGCACCACCACCUGCAUAAUGAUGCACCACCGUUGUUACUUUGUACACCGACGUGCAUGAAUCGUACACGAUCGUUGCCAUUUUAGCAACUACCGUGUAUGAAUCAUGCACCACCGUUGUCAUUUUUUUUACUCGUGUGCAAUCGGCUGCAUAUUUACCAUUUUUUCCGUGUUAUUGAAAGAGAAAGGACGCAUUGUGCAAAAAAUUUAUUGAAAAUGAAUAAUAAUUCGCAAGAUCCUCAAAAUAUCAUUGGUGAGUUGUUAGAAAUCGAUGGCAAUAUUGUUGUGGUUCGCGAUACAAACCAUUGCAGCAGUCAAGAUGCGGAAAACAAUGAGGACGAUUAUAUGUUAAGGGAGUUCUUAAAAGGAAUAAAUAUGGAGUCGCUUUUUGAACAAUUAAAAGGUAAGUAAAUAAAAAUGAAUUUUUCAGUUAAUCAGUGUAAUUAACAAAGAAUUUUCUUUUUUGUUCUUUUAGCAUCACAUGUAACAUUUCGCAGCUUGCAGUACUUGAAAAAAGAAGAUUUAAAGGAAGCAGUGCCACCAUUGGGACUGCGUGUUGAAUUCAGAGAAAAGCUCUUUGCUUGGAAAAAACGAAAGCUCGGGAUUGAUGACGAAACUAUGUCAGUUCCAUCUAAAAUAGGUGAAUGGUGGAAACGCAACGAGACACCUGCAAGUACUCCUGGUACUCCCGACACUACAGGUUCGAACUGCUCAAAAGCCAAAGGAAUUUUGUCAGAGGAUCUAACGGAAUUGUUAACACAUACCUCGAAGGGGAAACUAGCGCUUGAAUGUAGUAGCGUUAAUAAGAAAUUAAGUGACGAGCAAAGAGAUGAUAUAAUUAAUAUAAUUAUUGAAGAUAUUUUAACCAACAAUGUUACUCUUUACACUCAAGACUAUAUGCGCAUAUUGGAUGAAAUUUGUUCCGUUUUUCCUCUUGAAAACGAAAUGAGGGAUUAUUAUUACAUUUCAAGAAAAGGAAAGAACAACGCAAGCGGAAAACUUUAUGCCAAGUAUAGAAACAAGAAGUCCAAAAGAAUAAAGCUUUUGAUUUCCGAGCCUAGCACAAGCAAAGCAGCAACUCACACAUCUCCUAAUUUUUGUAACAAAGAUGUUCCCGAAAUUGAUGAAUCAGUUGAAAAUUCAUUGAAAGCUUCCUUACUAAGAGAAUGUAAUGAUUGGGGAUCGAUCUGCGAAAAAUGGAAAAGAUCUUUUAACAUACGGCAAAGAGAUAUAAAAAAUUUAAGUAGCCAUACAUUUCUCCUUGAAUGGACGAAGUUGUCCGAUGCAAGAGCUUCAGAAUUGGUCAACAUUGAUUUCGAUAUUAUGUAUCCACAGAAAGGCAAUCUUCUACUUUCUAAAUGGGACCAAUUUAAGAAAAAAAUUUACAAUUAUUAUGGGAAAAAUAUUCAUAACGAACAUUGCAAACAACUCUUCGCAAAUGUUUUGACGGCAAGCAAUGGCGCUAAUAGCAAAAACAACAACUGUUGA